AUGUCGCCCCCACCUCUCCAAGUCAAUCCCUCUUCCAAGUUGCCCUCCCCCGGCUUCAACGCUGGCGCGCGACCCUACCGCUCUCACAAGGUCCGCGCCUGUGAUCUCUGUCGCAAGCGCAAGUCCCGAUGCACCGUCGAUAUCCCCGGACAAUCGUGUCUCCUGUGUCGCGUGCAGGGUGCUGACUGCCACUACCAAGAAGAGGCCUCUGCGGAUGCGCCAUUGUUGGGCACCUCGGAAUCAAAGCCGCCAUGGCCCGGAGCCCAGCCGGUUGAGCCCGUAUCCGUUCACAAGCGCAAGCGAAGUCCCGGUAGCUCGCCAAUUCCAGUCCAUCAUAUCCCGACACGCCAUUCGACCAACGGACCUAGCCCUCAGGAAAGCAGUGCGUCUUCUGGACGUCGCGAAAGUGAUUCCACGCGACGUAAAGGAUAUCAGGAUGGCGAUCGUCACAACGAAUCAGUUCUCAUUGUCGGACCAAUGAUCGCAGAGGAUGCGCAGGUCAUUGAGAAACACAUGCCACCCGAACGAUCGAGCCUUUCUGAAGAACCCAAGAGACAUCCAUACAAUAUCUAUUCCAGCGAUCCCAGGAAGCCUGUGCUCUACACCACUAUUUCGCGGCGGAGAAAAGGUAUGCGCAUGGGGGUACCGCCUGGUGAGAACCAAAAAGAGAUUCUAGAACAAAUACUGGGUCCUUUCAAACACGACCUUGUGAGACUAUUCAUCGACCGAUUCAACACCGCAUUCCCUAUCUUUGACGGUGAAUCCUUUUGGGAGUCCUAUAUCACCGAUUCUUCGGAAGACCCCCCGGCUUCACUCUUAUGUCAGGUUUAUUCCAUGUCCCUUGUUUACUGGAAGCAUACCCCUAAGCUGGCAUGCCACCCGAAGCCAGACGUACGAUAUGCCGUCAAUAUGACCGUCGCGGCCUUGCACGAAGAGUUCUCAGCGCCCGGACUGUCCACAAUUAGUGCCGCACUGAUUGAUUUGACGGGCCGACCAAUCUUCUCUAUGACCGGGAAUGCUAUUAGUUGUGGUCGUAUGCUUUCCCUGGCCAAUUGCCUUGGCUUGAAUCGUGAUCCGUGCUUGUGGAAGCUUUCUGAGCAGGAAAAGAACCAACGGAUCCGACUCUGGUGGGGAGUAGUUAUUCAUGAUCGUUGGGGUAGCUUUGGUCAUGGUGUGCCUCCACAGAUCUCCAAGACCCAAUAUGACGUUCCUCUCCCCACUGUUGACAGUUUGGUGCCCUCGAGCAUGCGCACAACAGAGCGUGUGAGAGCGGCCCAUUGCCACAUAUUCUUGUGUAAGUUGACCGAGAUAUUAGGUGAGCUUUUGCCCCUUGUCUACGGGCUUCAAGCAAAGAUGGCGCGGGAAAUCUCCAAGAAAAUCAGACAAAUCCGAACGGAGUUGGAUCUAUGGGAAGAUUCUCUUCCUGACUGGCUGAGAGCGCCAGAGCAUCACAACCGUGGGGAACAGGUGGCUGCAUCAAGCAGUCUGCAGCUAGCAUUUUUGGCAGUCAAGAUGCUCGUGAGCCGCGUGGAGUUGAAUGAGGUCAACAAUGCCGAAACAGAUAAUCCCGAAGCUCGCCGCUACUUCCAAACCGAGUGCCGACGAUCAGCAGAAGAGAUCGUACGAUUCAUCACAUCCCUCCGAAAAGAGAACUUCAAGGAGUUUUGGCUGCCAUAUAGCGCCUUUCACUUAACAUCCACCGCCACCCUCCUCGUCCGAUGUGCUCUCGAGACCAAUGACACUGAAGUUGCUCGUUCCUGUCUCGCUAACGUGGAGACCCUACGCACGGUUCUCCGUCGGGUCAGAGAAGAAGAAGACUGGGAUGUGGCUGACAUGUGCCUUGACCACUGCGAGCGAAUUAUGAACCGACUUCCUGGCACUAGCUCCACGAUGGACCAAACGGUAACCAACUCCAUGGCUGAAAACGGACUGGUAAACCCAGCUGCGAUUUCACUGCCGGAGACACAAACAAAUAACGAUAUCGUCGACGAUAUGAUGUCUAUCUCCAAUACGUUCGGCACUAUGGACGGUUUCCCAUUCGAUAUGACCGGUAUCUGGGACGUUUCCGUUUUUCAGGACGUUAACCUGCCAUAG